AGAUGGGUUUGCUUAUUGUCUGCAAGCAUGUAUUUGGCAGGCUGUCCUCCAACUCCCAUGACAUUGAUAUGAUACAGUUUCGAUAGUCUCGCAGCCUCACAUGCAAUGUAAUGCGCUGUUCUGCACUGUAACCAAGCUUUCUUCAUCUUUUCCAUGCAUGCAUUGCAUCAAAUGCCCCACAGGUUUGCGCUGUGCGACGUACUGGCCGAAAGCGCACGACUGGCAGUGCCGAAAGCCAUGGGGGGAGUCUGUCGCUGUUGCUCCUUGAACGCAGUAAAGAGCAGAACAACUGCAAUGCUCUUUUUCCCACUAUGACAAUGUAGACCUGAUGGAAUAUGAAAGCUGAACUCUCACCGGCAGAGAGACAAACAAGAGAGGUCUUGGCUUGUGGCAAUCACCUUCCACGAUCACAGGAUUGUGUGUGCGUUGUUGAUGAUUCUGUUCUGAACAUGGAAUCCGAGUAAGAUCUUGAAGUGCUUAAUCCUUCGUGAGGGGCUUGUCACCCCCAGAAUCUUGGGUCCAUUGUACAUCCACCUGUUUCUUGUGCUGAGACAAGUGCAAGAACAAGCUACUGAACAGGUCGGGACGUCUCCAACGUGCAGUUGAAGAUAUCGAUACCCGUGUUAUGUAUCUUUGGUGAGUCUCGAGUCCUCACGCAACCAGGGAUGACAGCCUUGUCUCUUCUCCUUGACCUGAUCUCAGUCCCAUGUUUUGUUCUUAGCCCAACACGAAUCCACCCUCUCAUCCGAAAGCAGGGGUGGAGUAUUGGAGUUACAGAAGGGGAAAUUUGGGAAUUACAUUCAUAUAAUAUUCUGUGAACACAAUAUUUGCAAUUUCUUCAUGAAUAGACAUGCGAUUCAUCAUGCUCUGCUGACAAAAGGUACUUGUGUUAUCAUGUGAGGCUACAGGUGACAAAGAAGGCAGAGUCUACUCAGCUACUUCUUGAUGCCACCUUUACCUUGGGAGAGCCCACACCGAGGACGAGGAAAUGACAAGAAAUGUGUCACCCAGUGGAUUCAUGGAGCUUCAAAAAGGGCCAAAAUCUCCCCUUUCCUCCUUCCUAGCAUUGCUAUGGCUGUCACUCCUGAGGGUCGAGCAUUGCUACCUUGUUUGUGCUGUGAUCAACCACUCCUGUCCUGAGAAAAAGAGAUCAAAGGAAGUAUAAGACAACUUUCCUGUUUUUUCUUGGUUUCUCCACAUCAGAUCUUUGGUCCAUCUCAAGCAUUAACAUUAGGCCUUCAAGCAGAAGUCACAACGAGGAAGCAUGGGUGGCAGCUCCCCUACCAUCCUCUUCAGGUGGUAGACAUAGCUGUGUUUGUGGCUCUAGGGUUUGCCUUCUAUGUGUUCAUUGUCUCAUUUGUUGGAAAGAAGUUGUUUCAAUAUGUGAUCAUGGGGCUCUACACUGGCUUUGUUUUGAAGUAUAGUUAAGCAUUGUAGAGCUUGUGACAAAUGUGUUGAUGUCUUCGAUCAUUGCUGCAGGUAGUGGCUUAAUAACUGUGUGGGAAGGAAAAAUUACAAAGGGUUCUUCGUCCUCAUGGCUUCUGCACUUCUCUUGGUCUCCAUGGUUUGUUCACCUUGGGCCAGCUUAUUCUAAAGUGGUCACUCAGAGUGCUGAUAUUGAUUCUCUGUUUCCUCAACUGAGAGCGUUUCUGUGUAGAGAUUAUCUCAAAAUUAGGGCUUUCUGUACCUUCUUAGCAAUGGUCGCCACCCUACCACUUGCGCAACUUUGUUUCUUCCACAUGCUUCUAGUAAAGAAGGGAAUUAGCACGUAUGAUUAUUUCAUUGCUUUGAGGGAGCAGGAACGGGAGCAAGCUACUGGUGAUCAGGAAAGUCCACAAAUGUCUCGAGUGAGCUCCAUGACUGGACUAAGCAGAACAAGUCCCUUCAAUGCAUUUCAUCGUGGUGCAUGGUGUACUCCACCAAGAUCAUUCCCGGAGGAGCAGUUUGAUGUUGUUCAUCCAAAUACUAUCACAUCCGUGGAUUACUCGAGCAAAAAAGCAUUGGUGGAGGAAUCAACCAUCCGAAGAAAUGUUAGAGCUGUGAAGAUCAGUCCUUGGACCCUUGCGCGACUUAAUGCAGAAGAAGUUUCAAAAGCUGCUGCUCAGGCAAGGAGGAAAUCCAAAGUCCUGCAGCCAAGAGCUGAAGAGUUACAGGAGCUUAUCUCCCUUUCUACCUUGGACACUGUUGCACCAAAGGGGGUUCAGAUCUCAGGAUCAACCAGUGACGGCUAUGAAGCGUCAGGAGGUGAAGACAGUGAUCAGACUCUGUCGAGAAUCAUGCACAAAUCAUCAAAUUGGACCGAUCUUUUUCGCAACUCUGGCUGUAGUGAGAUUAUGGAUGACUUCCAGGCAUCAUCAUCCUCAGCCAGACUUCAGCCAUAUGGUAGUAAAGAGUCAACAGUUCUUGUUAACCAGUUCCAUCUAAUCUGAGCAAAUUGGUUACAGUAGCUAGUUUGCCUUCUGCUGCAACAAAGAUUAUAAGCUUUGGUGUGCCAUUUCCUGGAUGUAUCAGCAGAGGUAGUAGUCAUCGUGAAACAUUCUGUUCUACUCUGUUCAUUUUUGUUCUGUAUCUUAUUAGACCAUUUUUGAAGUCAA